GGGGGGGACUGUAGAGUGAUGGGAUCCCGGCUGAGGAACAGCACCGAGUGAUCCCUCUCCGGGCUGCUAAUGACAGACAGGUGUGAAGGAUGACUUCAUGCUCAGAGAUCUGUGGCUCAGAGUACGGGGAGCAAGCUCAGGCUGGUGGAAACUACCAGCAGUAUGGAGUCCGCUCAUACCUGCACAAGUUUUAUGAGGAGUGCACAGGUUCGAUCUGGGAACGUGACGAAGAUUUUCAGAUUCAGAGAUCGCCGAGCAGGUGGAGCUCUUUACUCUGGAAGGUCUGUCUCGCGUUUGGCACCCUGAUGUUGUUUGCAGGCCUCGUUGUUGUUUUGGUGGGUUAUGCGACGCCAGCCAGGAUUGAAGCAUUUGGUGAAGAUGAUCUCCUGUUUGUCGACAGCCACGCCGUCAGUUUCAAUCAUGCCCUGGAUGUCUGUAAGCUGACUGGCGCCGUGCUGUUUUGUGUGGGUGGAACCUACAUGGCCAUUGGUCUCCUGCUUUCUGCUUUUGCCAAAAACUACUCCAAGAAGGAGCAAUAUCUCCAGCAGAGGUUUAAGGAGCGGCUGGCAGCAACCGUUGGUACACCAGUAAUGAGAGCACCGACCCCCGGGGAGGGCAAAGUUCCAGUCACACUUUCCAAAGUGCAGAACAUUCAGCCAGUGAGCACAAAGUCAGGGACUUGAUUGAGAUGCGCAUGAAGGCAUCAAGCAACAUCCAGCUAAGGAUCCAGAGCGUGCAGAUUGUGUCAGAGUGUUCAUUGAUCCAUGUGAGCAGUUUCUCUGUUUGAAAGGUCCUCUUACAUCACUGCUUGUAGUGGUUUAUUCCCACAUUUAAAUUUAUCCAAAUCUGUUCUUAAUACUUGAGUAAAAAAAUCAUUUCACAGAGCACUUUUGAGAAAAUAAAGCCCACAAAGAAAGCUAGAAAACCAGAGCUAUUCAACAACAUGACUCUUCUCCGAAGUUUUUUGUUUAUUUAUUUCACAAGGAAUACUCAGAUUUUGAGAAGAGCAAAUGUGUUGAAGGGUAUGUUGCUGAGG